GAAAAGAUCUGGUUUCAGUAACAGGAUUUCGUCGAAGAUCUUUGAAAUGAGCUUAGACGCUGCAGUGAGUGUAUUAACCAGAGCUGUGGAGCUUGAUCAAGCUCAAAGCUACUCUGAGGCAUUAGUGUGCUAUCAAGAAGGUCUAGCCUUGUUAAUGAACGUUCUGAAAGACACAAAAGAUGACUCGCAGAAGGUACACUAUCGUGCAAAGAUGGAGUCCUACAUUGAACGGGCAGAGAAACUGAAAAAAUUGGUCAAGGAACAGCAAGAGGCGGGAACUUUUCACGAGAAACUCAAUAUCACAGAAGGAUCCACUGGAUAUAGCUAUAGACGCGUGUUUGAGAAGUACUUGGAGGGUAAUAUUCAAGAAGUUGUAGUCGAAGAUCCCUACAUUCGAAACAUUCACCAGAUAUAUAAUUUUCUUCGAUUUUGCGAGUUGUUAGUGCGUAAAGGAACGGUGCGGAACAUAAAACUGCUCACCAGUAAGUGAAAAUGAAAUGAAUACGUUAACUUCUUAUUUUUGACUGCAGCAAUUCUUGUCACAGCUGACCUCUUCUUUCUUGUCACGCAACACCUUCGAGGAAGUUGCUUCCCCUUGGGAGAGAGGUAAAGACUAGGGGGGCGAGGGGGGGGGGGGGGGAGAGUUCUUCUUAGGAUUGCAAAAGAAUUGACUAUGUUUGGGUUGCAGUUUCAAAAGAGUUACUAGGAUGGGUUUAUGCAUUUUCAGGGUUUUGGGGGUGAGAAAAUUGUUGUAAUAUGAAGCUCAGUCACUUUUCAUAGUAAAAAAAGGCAACAAAGGAAAAUAUCUCUUUAGGAAAAACAGAGCUCAAUGACCCAAAACAUACCCAAUGCUCAGAUCCCAGAUAAUUCAGAGUCCAGCUUGUUUGCUACAAUGACCUUCCACAAUGAACCAGAAUUUGUUCUGGCAGUUCAACCAAAGUCUGCACAAGCUAUGCCUUUUCCUAGUUUCUGCAACAGGAAUUAACUUAAGGUACUGCAACUUUCCCUAUAUGGGUGUUGGCACAUUGCAGGUUUCUGAUAAACAUUUUCUAAAGUCUACUUGGCAGAUUUCUGGGACCAAUUUUCCUUUUUGGGUGAGGAGAUGAACUUUGAGAGUAGCUUGCAAAUACUGUCUUGUCUAAGAGAAAGCAAAAUGAUCUGGGUUAGAUCUCUAACUCAGAGCUCUCCACCCAGACAGAGUCAAGAGGGUGGAUCAAAAUGAAAACGGUAACAGCUGCUUAUCUUGAGAAAAAAUUUUGAGCAAGUUCAUCCUUUUGCAUUAAUGCUUUGACUUGGCCACCCUUUCAAUAAAGCUAACUAUUACUUGGUGUUUUCUUAGCUCAAGAUGAAGAUCAAGAGAGUCAAAAUAAUCAGGCUAAGAGACUUCAAGGACUAAAAAACAGUUUAAAAAAACACAACAUAAAUCUUGAGAUUGCAUUCUCUCAAACACUUCAUAAUCGCGAGAUUAGAUUCAGCAAUGGCUGGGUGAUCAAAAUUGGCAGAGGACUUGACUACUUCAAACCUCCUCCUGGAAAGUUCUGUAUUGGUUUCUGUGACUUUGACUUACGAGAAUGUCAUGAGACAGUAGUUGACAUUUAUCUGAAGAAAGUAUGAAAAAGUGAUCAGGGCUAUUUAGCCUUAAGUGCAUGUAAUUGCAUAAUCCUGUUAGUAUUUGUUGUAUGUGUUGAUGAGAGACAAUAUCCCUUAGAGCUCUUUCUGUGUCCUUGCAGAUGGGAUGGGAUGAACAGAGCCUAUGGUGUGGGAUGUAGGGUAGAAGGAGCAAACCCAAUCUAGUUAGGGGGUAAUGGGAGUAAACACAUGUAGUGUGGGUAUAUUGUUGGGAUGAAUAUGAAUUAAUUUCAUAGUUAACCAACAGGGUCUGAUAACAUGAAGUUUUCUUUUCUUUCCUCCAUCAAAAUAACUCUGCAUGACCUACGUGACAAUCUGGCAUGACACAGUCACAUGACUAGUGACAUCACCCUUUGGAUAACCAUUAGAAAUUGUUAGACCCUAUCGGAUAAUUAUGAAAUUAAUGGAUACUUUUCCUAACUUCUUAAUAAACAUUAGUCACAAAGGGCUGACAAUCCCACUAGGGUGUUAAUUCCACCCUUUCUCAGAAUUGCAAUCUUUGUUUUUUUGCAAGAACACAGGCUAGUCACUAAAGCCCUAGUUGAUAGGGUGAUUACUCUAUGGGUCUGAACAGACCAUAUUGUGGACUAGUUUGUAAAUACGCAAAUAUGUUGCUUCAAAACAAAAUAGCGUUAUUUUCAGAAAGACUGACAAUUUUGCCAAUGGUUGAAGUAUUUUAGCAAAAUGUGACAUUUGAAUUUAAUUUUUCAUGAAAACAGUGCACAUUUUUCACUUUAGGUUUCUUUUGAAUUUUUUUCAUCCACUGGUAUUGUAUAGGCUCUUAAUCAGUAACACAUUUUAUUGUUGAGCAUCUGAAAAUUGAUUUUAUUACAUAAUUAUUUAGAAUGAAGCCAUUGGAAAUUCUUAGCUGUGUAUACAAGAUUGAGAUUCCUCUGCUAAACUGAUGUCAGCCAAAUUCCAUGCUUAUCACUUUUAAAAAGUAUGAAGUAAGGGGGUUUGUGCCAGCAAAAAAACUAAUUUAUUUUUGCACUACUGACUGUAUUAAAAUAUUCCAAAUAGUCACCUAGCUCUCACAAGUUCUCUUCAAGGAAGCUUAAAAGUUGACAAUAGACACUGCCAUUGUGAUUCUUGCUUAGUAAUUCAGCUGCCUGACUUAGUUGAAAAAAUAACUCCUUUUUUUCCAACUGUUGAUGAUCUGUUUGAAAUUUAUGAAGUGCUUAAAAUCCAUGUAUAACUUAGGUAAUUUACUUUUUAAACUUGCAAUAGCAACAGCAGCAGCUGUUUGUUAUUCACCCAUUGGGGUCACUAAUUAAAAGUCCUUUCAUCACGGCAGCAUUCUAUCUUUUUUAUAGCCUAUUUGAAGACAAUGUUUAAACAGUAAGGUUAUUCUUUGGAAUCUCAAAUUGAAGGAUUAGAGGAGAUGAAGGUCCAGACUCCAAGGUAUUUUAAGAGAUUUGUCUAACGAGAGGCAAAGUAGGAACUUUCCCAAAGGGAAAUAAAUAUUGUUAUAGUAUAUUUGUUAGAGCAAAUGAUAGCAACUGAAUUUUAAGGGAUCAUAAGAGGCAACAAAUUUUGAAAUCAGUGCUUUGGUACAAUAACUGUGC